CAGAGGUACGCUGCGAAUGGCGGAGACGCUGAGGCGGGUGCUAAACUCGGGCGGCGCGGCUGGCUCCGGGGAGGAGAACACAGCUGAGGCCGAACCGCCUUUGCUGCUGCUGGGCGGUCACGGCUCUGGAAAGACAGCGCUGCUAUUCGCGGCGGCCCUGGAGGCGGCAGGGGAAGGCCGAGGCCCUGUCCUCUUCCUGACUCGGAGGCCUCUGCAAAGCCUGCCUCGCCGGAUUGGAGCUGCGCUCGAACCCUUGCGGUUACAGAAGAUCCGCUUCCAGUACCCACCCUCUACCCGUGAGCUCCUCCGGCUCCUGUGCUCUGCCCAUGAGACGCGGGGGCCAGCCCCUUCCCUCCUGCUGCUCGAUGGCCUGGAGGAGUACCUAACGGAAGACCCCGGGUCCCAGGAAGCCGCCUACCUGGCCGCCCUGCUUCUGGACACAGCUGCCCACUUCAGCCACCGGGUUGGGUCUGGCCGGGGCUGUGGGCUCAUUGUGGCCCUCCAGACCCAGGAGGAGGGAGACAGUGCGACUGCCCCGCAGUUGGCACUGCUUCAGAGGUAUUUCCCUGCCCAGUGCUGGCUGCAGCCCGAUGCUCCAGGCCCAGGACAGCACUGCCUCCGAGCCUGCCUGGAGCCAGGUGGGCUGGGUGCCAGGGCAGAGUGGCAGGUGACUUUCCGACAAGAUGGAGAGAUGACAGUCACCCCGUGGCCCACGCAGGCUGGUGACACCAGCUUGCACAAGGGUUCAAGCUCUGGAGGCCAACCUUGAGGUUUGGAGUGUGACAACCUCUCUAUGCUUCAGUUUCCAUGGCUGGAAUACCUACCUCAGGGACAGAUGCAAAUUCAGAGACCUAAAGAUUAUAAAGUGCUUUUUCUCUCAUAAAUAUAGCAUUAUCCUGUACAUAUUGUCAACAUAUUGUUUAACUUUGCUGUUUUGAACUUUGUAAAGAGUUUCAUGACAAAUGUAA